AUGUUGAUUGCGUUGUUCGAUUUGCUGAAUAAGGUAAAGAGACAAGACCUUUCAAUUAAGGAUAAGGACAUUACGCUUUUUGAGUGUGAUGAGAGUAAAGAGCAUAAGAAAAAGGAUCCGAAGCAGAAGAAGGUGUAUUUGAAGGAUGUUCAAUUGCUCGAGGAUGAUUCGGAUGGUGGCGAAGAGAAGACCCUUGUGGAGAAGCAGCAGUUGCUGAGAAAAGCUUUGUGUGAUGCUAGGAUCAAUGGAGAUGAUGCUAUGGAGGAAAAUGAAGAUCUCGUGAAGAAAAUGGAUGAGUAUUUCGGCAAGGAUGCUCUUCUUGAUGAGAAGAAGAAGUUCUUAAAAGACUACUUUGCGAAACAAAUGUGGAAGGAGAAAGAUGAAAAGGGUAAAAAUGAAGAAGAGUUGGAGGAAGAUGAAUAUGCACUGGAGAUGCAAGAGGAGUUUAAGUUUAGGCAUGAAGAGAAUGCAGGGGAGAUUGAAUGGGUCAAUCGAGGAAAGUCCAAGGGUCGGUGA